UUGUUGAGAUUGAGAUUCGAUAUGCGAUAUGCACGAACGAUACCUAUCUCGACGAGCCAAGAAGGCAAAGAGGAAACAGAGAGAAAAGUAGGACCGAAAUACUGUAAAGAGUCAAUGUUUGUUUUUACCAAUAAUAUACUGUAAUCUACAAUACUACAGCUGAUAUGGAUGACGUUAUGCUGAGGAUAUAUAGCAAACAACCCGUCUUAAUGAAGCAUGUUAGCGUAGCAUUUGGAGUCUUGCUGAUCCUAUUAUCCUUGGACAUUGUCAGAAGUGACGUGAUUGAACUGGAUGACAGGUUUAUUGAAGCAAAAGAGCAUGGAAAGUGGCUUGUUGAGUUUUAUGCACCUUGGUGUGGUCACUGUCAGAAGUUAAAGCCAGUAUGGGCAAACGUUGGACUUAUGAUGAUGAAGAGUCAUCCUAAUCUUCAUGUAGCUAGAUUAGAUGGGACGCGUUAUGGAAAGGCGAUGGACAUGUUUGAUGUGAGGGGCUUUCCAACUAUCAAAUACAUUGAAGGAGAUAAAGUUUUUACACAUACUGGUGGAAGGACCUCUCAAGAUAUCAUUGAUUUUGCAGUAAAAGCACAAGGACCUGCAGUGAAACAACUCACAAGUUCCAAUACUCUACAACAGUACAGAAAAAGAAAACUUGUAUUCUUUGUUAUAGUUGCUGAAGAUACCUCUAGUGAAUUAGCGACGUUAUUCUCAAAGGUUGCUGAUAAGCGUAUUCUAGAUGCCUUUUAUUACCAUGUGAAACCUGAUGUCAUACCGGAGGGGGCGAUGCCAGAGAAUGUACCAGCCAUCAUGGUGUUUAAAGAUGAUCAUCAUUAUCAAUAUGAAGCACCUGAAGGAAGUCUUUCAGAAGAACACCUAUCAGAGUGGAUCGGAGCAGAAAGGUUUCCGGCAUUCUUGAGGAUUGGCAAUGAUAAUAUCAAUGACAUAGGCAGAACGGAAAAACUUAUUGCAGUUGGUCUUGUUUAUCCAAGUGCUACCAGCGUAAAGGAUCAUCCUCAUAAUCUCAUGUUAGAACUCAUCAAGAAAGUGGCAAUUGAUCACAGAGAAGCAUUCUACAAGAAAGUCCAGUUUGGAUACAUGGAAGACAGCAAUAUGCUGAGUGACAUCAUUCUAAGGUCAGUAGAAGUACCAGGUAUCUUUGUGAUUGAUCCAGUCACAUACCUGUAUUAUGAAUUGGACGAACCUCUUAAGCAGACCGAGGAAUCCUUUGUUAACUUCAUGAACGGUAUCAUCGACGGCACUGUACAGGCGAAAGGAGGCAAUAGUUUCUUCAGAAAGAUCUACAGAGUUUUCUAUGAAAUCAUCAAGAGUGUUGUGAUGAUGUGGCUGGCUAAUCCAAUCCUGAUGACCCUUCUACUUGCCCUGCCGACCGUGCUCAUCACCUUCAUCUGUUACAGCAUCUGCACAGCGGAACCCAUGGAUGAGGAUGCAGAGUUCCAGGAUAGCGAGGAGGAAGACGAAGAAAGGGACCAGGAUGGUCCAAAGAUAGAAGAAAUACAUGACGAAGAUCCAUCAGGUCAUCAAAAGACAGAGUAACAUAUCUAGUUUAUAGUCUCUGCUGACAUGCAAGUCAUGUGACCGAUCAUGUGUGCUGUCAGUCACAUGACUCGCAUGCUUUAGUGUGCAAUUCAUAUUAACUGGAGACAGUCGAGCCUCAUGGUGCUGAGUCUGAAAACUCUGAAUAUUCAUGUCUCUUCUUGAUUUUGAAAUGUUCGGAAAUAGAACAUAAAAUGAAAGGUAGGCUGUGAACAAACUAAUCAUGGGAUAUAGUGACAUAGAAAGUUGGUUAUGUUAUGAAAUAUUUGGUUUCAUAUACCUGUGGGCUGUUCUUAAAGUCGUUAACAAAAUGAGUGGAAGAUGAAGUGCCUAUCAAAAUGCACAAAGUUUUCCCUGAUGCAUCAACAAAGCUUUAUUGUGGGAAGUCAUCUUAUUUUGCUUUCACGCAAUUUAAACUUGGAUAGCAUUCUAUAAAUAUCAUAUUUCAGCUUAAUCGGAUUCAAAGUUCAGAUGGUUUAGAAUAAUAAAUGGCUUGUCACCUUGUUCAUAAAGACCUUUUCAGUGUUAAAUAAUAACUUUCAUAUUGCGACUAAAGAAUAUAACUUAGUACCCAAGCAUUUUAUGUUAGUUUUGACAAGGUGCGACAAAUCUCAAAAAUAUUUUUUUUAGUGUUCAGACAAGAGAUAAAUCACCUUGCUUAUUUGAAGAAAUGCAUGUAUGUUUCAACUCCGACAAAUUUGUUAGAAGUAGCACAUAAUUUUUUUCUUUGACAUCACAACACUUUCAAUAUCAUUUUGUGAGUACCUAAUGAUAAUGAAUUCAUUGUGAUUUCUGAGUCGCGGUAUAUGGUGUAAUGAGUUUGUGUGCAUGUGCAACCUUGCACAAAAUUGAUAUGUAAACAUUUUUUUUUAGCCAGGCAACAGAAGAGAAAAAAUAUCACCAUUAUUUUUCUCCAACAUUUUGUGACACCGCAUAUAUCCCAUUGAUAUUGUUCACAAUAAAUGCUUUUUAAGCUUUGUUGCAUCAUGUAUUAAUGAGCCUUACAGAGUUAUAUGGAAUGCAUACUACAGCACUGAAAGGCAUAGUUGUACUUGUUAUAGUUUGUCUUUCGAAUGCAAGAUAUAAGUUUGUCAAUUGGUUAUGUCCUCUUUUAUUUGAAUGUACACUGAGCCUUGAUAUAUUUGUGUUAUAGAUUGAAAGUUUUGGAUAGCAGAACGUACAAAUUACUGUCAGAUGAAUUCUUGAUUUCAUUUUCGUUAUGUUGUAUGUUUGUGUCAAGAAGAUAUAUCAUUCUAGCCACUGAAAGUUAAAAUAUAAGCAGUGAAAACUUGUUCAACAGAUAUUGAUUGUUUAUGAAGUAAUUUUGUGUAUUAAAGCAAGAUAUUAUGGAAUCGUAGUUUAGAUUUUUAAUUUAGAGGAUCCUGACAACUCGAAAUGGUUGGAGAGUACUGGUAUUUUUAAAAUACAAAAAAUUAUGAGCACAUAUGCAACUUUUAAUGGCAUCUUUAGGAAUUAAUGGAAUUUUAUCAUUGAUGGUCUCAACUCUCAAGUCAAUUUACAUGAGUAAUUACUAUUGCUUUUGCCUAAGGUAUUCUUUGGAAUUUUUCCAAGGCAUGACUGGCUUACUGCUAUGAAAAUGAAUUCUUACUCAUCAUGAAAGAGACGUUUUUAGAUUUUACUUCAUUUUAAUACAUUUAGUUGUCUUUUGUAAUUUUGAUUUGUUUGUUGUAUUUUUUCACAUGUUACGUAUGCAAUUAUGCUUUCUGGGUCUGAGUAUAUUAUAGAAUUUUGUGAUCAGAUUAACCAAUGGUAAAUAGAUCUUACAAUUUUUUAAUGAAGAAUGGGGACUUUGGUAUAUUACAUCUAUUUUUUCAAUGAUGGUAUAGUUACAUUUGUUUAGUUUUAAUUGAUAACAGACAGGUAAGACAGCAGAAAUGUGUGUUAUAAUGUAACCAGAGGACUGACCUGUCUGACCAGUUUGGUUCUUUCUGACGGACUUUGUAAUGAGUGCAUCAUAAGAAAGAUGAAUAUCUUGUUGGAGAAAUUAAUUUCUGGGCUGGUAUGCAAUCCCACAAUGCCUACCCCCCUCUACCAACUGAGCUAUUGUGCCUAUUAAUUGAAUGAUUUGCAACUUUUAGGAUUAUCAUCAUAAUUCUAAGAUGAUAAUGUGAAAAAGAUUUAAUUGCUACAUGUAUGAUAGCUUUGUGUAUUUAUUUCACAAUUUAGGAAACAUUCCACUGUCAUUAUAAUGCCCAUCUUUGUGCAUGUUGCUACUUGAUCUCGUAUUCAUUAUGCAACAGUAUGCAGAGAUGAUUUGUAACACUGUGUAUGAAGAUUGUGCAUUAUGUUUUCAUCAUAUCACUUGAAUAUGAAAAACUGAAUGGAUACUUGGGUGGUGUUUCAUAAAGCUUUUUGUAAAUUAAGUAUGACUUAAAACAAUUUGAAGUAUGACUGGUGACCUGGGGAGCGUUUCAUCAACAUUUUUGUCAGGGGUCCGUUGCAGAAAGAGUUGCGUUUAAAUGCAAGUAAAAAAAUCAAUCGCAAGUCCCAAAUGCGUGCUGUUUGGUGGAAAUUCAAGUUGCGCAUGAUUUUUAGAGUUGCGAUUGAUUGCAACUCUUUUUGCAACGGGCCCCUGAUCUGACAACUUUCCUUGAUUUUGAUUGGUGGAGAAGCACUGUUACUAUGGUGACUGUCAGAUGAAAUGAGACUUGUCGGAUGAAACUUCCACAAGUCCUUUUAUGAAAUUCUUCCAAGAUCCCAGGUGCCAAAUCAGAGGGGUGUUUCACAACAAGUUAAUUGUGACUUAAAGUCAUGCUUAGUGCUGACACGCAAAUGAUUUUUUAAUGUGCAGUCUUAUUGAUUAAUACACAGUAGUGCUUUCCACUUAGCAUGGUUUGAUAAAAUGCGGUGAUGUUCUGUAUAUGGCAUGCCACUAGCAAAGAUGGAACCAUGGAAUUGCUUAGCUUUCUUAACCUCAAAAUACUAUUCAAUUGCUGAAUCCUGCAAUUUUCUCUCUCUGAACUUUAGCACCACAUGAUCAAGUUGUUAUUACAUUUUGUAUUGGCAAUCUUUUUCAUCAUGCUAUGAAAUAUGAAACGGUCUUGAAUGAUAUCUUUGUGCAAAUUUUGCCAAGCGAUAGUCUUUUAGAAAACUUCAUUUCAUGUUUAGAAAUUUCGUUUUAGAUAUGAGACCUUACUGAAUUUUUGCACAUUGCAAACAUUGUCUUGCCUUUAAAUUGGUGUGUAGUUUGAGGAUGGGGGGGGGGGGGGGGGGAGGGGGUAAAUUGUAAGUUGCCUCAAAACUGGCAUUGUGAUUUUUGUGUGUGUGUUGUGUUUUUCCCCCUUAAAGGACAAGUCCACCCCAACAAAAAGUUGAUUUGAAUAAAAAGAGAAAAAUCCAACAAGCAUAACACUGAAAAUUUCAUCAAAAUCGGAUGUAAAAUUAGAAAGUUAUGACAUUUUAAAGUUUUGCUUAAUUUCACAAAACAGGUAUAUGCACAUCCUGACUGGUAUGCAAAUGAGGAGACUGUGACGUCAUCCACUCACUAUUUCUUUUGUGUUUUAUUAUAUGAAAUAUUCUAAUUUUCUCAUCAAGUGAAACAACAUUAAUUCCUCCCUGAACAUGUGGAAUUAGCAUUGUUUAAUACUAUAUGGUUCAGUCAAGUUGGUCCUUAUUGUCAAAUCUAUAAAAAAUGAAAUAUUGUAUAAUUCAAACAAUAAAAAAACAAAAGAAAAAGUGAGUGAUGGACAUCAUCGACUGACUCACCUAGUUGUGCAUAUCACUGUUUUGUGAAAAAUAAGCGAAACUUUAAAAUGUCAUAUCUUUCUUAUUUUACAUUUUGAUGAAAUUUUCAGCACUAUGCUAGUUUGAUUUUUCUCUUUUUAUUCAAAUCAGCAUUUUCCUGGGGUGGACUUGACCUUGAAAUUAUCCUCAAAAUGACUGUGUAUGCAGAAUACAACUAUUUAAGUGCAAUAUAGUUGUUUUAUCAAAGUGUUAGACUAGUUUCUAUUCAAUGUUGAUGUUAAAUAUUGCCAUGUGCUUUCUCAUUCUCAAAUGAGUCCUGUGAGAUGAGCUCUCAUUAGUACUAUAUACCUGUGCAGGUGUGGUGUAUGUACAUAUAUAUAGAACUACACAGUACAUUGCAUUUAUAUAUUGUCAUUCAUGGUGUAGGAAUAGUCACAGUCCAAUUAUUUUGAACUGCAACUGAAUAGAGCAUUACUAGUCAUUUGUAACAAACAGAACAGCAUCAAUGUGUAUUAUAGACUUAUUGAUCGAUCAAACAACCUGUUUUAAAAAUGAAAAAAACUUGCUAAUACCGAAUGUCCAAGCACCCCCCCCCCCAAAAAAAACCCCAAACAUUUAUCCUGUUUGACAUCUUAUAGGAACCAUUCAUUUUUACAAAAUGUGCACAUAAACACACACGCACACUCACACAUUAAAAAAAAUCAGAUUAAAAAAUAUUCAUUCUCUGAUGCAUGAUAUAUUAUCUCCUAGGGUAAUGUAGGAAAUGAUUGUUAAAAGGGAAGUUCACUCUGACAAAAAAUAUUGUAUAAAUAGCGAAAAAAUAAUUAAAAUAUUGGUGAAGGUUUGAGGAAAAUCCAUGAAAGAUUAAAGAAAGUUAUUAGAAUUUUACAUUUUUGAUAUGUGAUAUAUCUUGUGUAUUAAAGAAUCAAUGAAAUGUAAUUUUCUAAAAAAAAAUAAAAUGUUUUGUUAUUUUACAUUCAGUUUAUCAACAGACAAAUUAUCUCACCUGCUCCUGGAAGAAAAAAAAAGUCAUCAUGAACCACUAAAAACUUGAAAUUUAUGCAUUUCAUAUCACAAAAAUUAUGGGGCAGGUGCUCGUUUGUGAUUUCACAAUCAAAAACUUCAGAUACCAAUAACUUUUUUUAAUAAUCUUUGAUGGAUUUUCCUGAAACCUUCACCAAUGUUUUUUUCUCGUAUUUUUAGAACAAACUUUUCUUCAGGGUGAACUUCACCUUUUAUGAUCCAAACCACAGCCAUGUCAAUGAAGUUUAUUCAAUUAAACCAAUUUCUUAAUGUAUUUUCUAAUAGAAAACCUUAUUUGUACAUGUAGUAAAUUUUGAUGUAAAUUUCAUUGUGAGCCCUUUGUAAGUUUCUCUUUUAUCAUUUUGUUGUAAUUUUGUUUGCAACAGUACUGAUAAUAAAUCUAGAUUUGUAUACUAAAA